AUGCCUUCGACCCUUUAUACUUCUGCUACUGGUUGUGCUGCCCAAGCACCCGAACUUACAAUGGAAUAUCACUUUAUUCCCAUCGAUGGUAUCUUGGCCACUAGCCGUAAGCGACUGAACUAUGUUGCCAGGGCAGAUGAGCAGAGACGAGAUAGCGGUUGGAGAGAGUUUCGGCAUAACAACGCAAAUCCGGUGAGAGAUCGGCCUCUCAGUGAGGCUGGUGACGAGACUAUUCCUCCAGCCUGGCAACUGCAUAUUCACAGAAGCUGUUGCCAGGCCUCUUGCCAGUCUAAUACCGACCGGAUAAGUGGGUUUAUCCUCUUGCUACCCGAGCCCAGGCGAGAGGGAGCGACAAAGGCGGUAACUAGGAUCAAUUUGAGGUGUGCUCAUGGCUAUCGCAUGUGUUCACUGGGCUGGAGGCAAUGGAGGUCCGGUCGUCUGGCCUCACCUUCGGAUACAACCCUAAAUAGGCAUCACGUGACAGCUCUCGAGAUUAAGUCUCUUCGUGCCAUAACUGCUCACUCUCAGAGUCUACUUUCACCCGGCGCAUUUUCCCUCGCAUUUUGGCCUAUUUUUCGUUUCAAGUCACUGGACAACCAGUCGCACAUAAGCAUACACACAUACACAAACACACAACGCAGACGUCGUCAGUCGCUGAGUCGACAAUCUGUUCGUCUUUUCAGACGAGCUACAGACAACAUAAGGAGGAGUGGAGGUGUCGAGCUGUACCAACCGGAGUCCAUCGGAUCGAACAGACAGGCGGUCUCAGAAGGUCUAUUCUGGGGCGGUCGAGCCGGCGAAAGCCAUUUGCCGGACGUUCGUUGUCUGCAAGUGGCAUUCCAGAAUUGUGCAAAGGCCGGUAGGUCUCCGAUUUGUGCCAAAAGUGCACAACCUCAAGAAGCUGAGUCCGCAAACCCGGUCGCAUUUGUCCUUCCCCUUCUCCGCGUUUGCCUAAAAGCCUAA